AUGUAGGAAUCGCAACAAUUACAAUAAGGAUAGAAAAAGCCAGAAUUAUACAUUGGAAAGUUUUUCUGCUAAUUUUAAUGUAAUGGCAACAUGAACUGUAAAAAUAAAUUAAAGGUGAAGCUUAAGGUUUUUGACUAAUAGAAGAAAGUAAAGUAAAUGAAGAAGAAGAAGUUAUAUGUAGUUAGCAGUGAUAUUAAUCAUUUUGAAUCAGACAGAAUAGUUUGCAAAGUAAGAAAAGGGAAGGAGGUAAUUAAGAAAGUAUAUAAUAAUCAUGGUAAAAUUUUGCAUUUAUAUGAUGAAAUAUGGUUCUUUCUCUUGAAUGCUGGGUAUGUGAAAUUAGGGGUGAGAAUAACAAAACCAAACCAGUCAAUUGUUGAAGUCGCUGAAGUUUCUGUGUAUUUGACAUAAUUGGCUAUAGAUGAUGAUUACGAAAUGAAGAUAGACAGAUACAACAAAAAGACAGAGCAAUUAACCCCUGAAGAGGAAAACCAGAUGGAGUUGUUAAAAUAUGCAAGACUCUCUUUGUUGUUGAUGUUGGAUUUUAUGAAUGUAACAAUAGAGGAAAGUUGCUUAAUUAAAUAAAACAAGUAAUUUAAGAUCUUCUUUGCUUAAUAUUGCCAAUUCUUUUAGAAAUCCAAUGUCAAUUUUUCAAUCAAAAGUUUGCUUAAAUCAUUUCCUCGUCCUAUCAUAGAAAAGUAACAAUUAUUUGAGACUUACAUUAACAGUAAAAGGUUUAAUAACAAUUUAUUUGAAAAAAAGUUGAUACAAGACUUAGCAGUGUAUUAAACAGGCCCUUCAACUUUUUUGAAUCAAUUCAAGAAACCAUAUUCUCCAAAAAUGGAAGAAAUCUACCCAAUCCAUCAUGAGCUAUUUCAAAGAAUUGGUUUGGAAUUUUUUUAAUAUGUUAAAACAUUUAUAAAGCGUUCAAAAAGUUCAGUGGAUAAUAAGUUUGCAGAAUUGUAUGAUGAUUAUGUCUUAAAGACUGUUUUUUUAUGCACUUUUCAGAUAUCUGAAAUAGUUUUGAAAGAUUCCAUGUAUGCCAAUUAGCAUAAGAAUCUGAUAAAAGUUCGUAAAUAAAUUACUGAUACUUUGAGCAAAUCUAACAGGGAUCAACUCAACUUAUUGAGUGAUAACAAUCUCAAAAUUUACUAAUAUUCUAAAAAUGCGAUACUCGAUUUAUAUUUUGUUGACUUCAAGAUAAAUCGAAAAUCUACUCAGCAAUAUUAAGAUAUUUUAAGUCAAUUCUUUUCAUAGAGGUUAUUUUAUUAGCAAAAUAUUUAAACAUAUACAGAGUUUGAGAAACAUGUAUAAAAAGAAAAAUUCGAGGAGAUUAAGGAAUAAAUUAAAUAUCAAAAAGCAAAUUAUGAGUCUAAUAAAUAAGAUAUAAAUGACAUUUUUCUAAUAAAUAAACUGAUCCUUAAGGAAUAUGACACUCCAAAAUUGAUGUCAUCUGAGCUUAAGAAACAUUAGAAGGAAGCACUGUUCUGGAUGCUCUAUAGGGAAGGACAUAUCACUGAUCACUAAUUACAAUAGAAGUAAUAAUUGUCUCCAUUAUGGUAGGAGUAUAAAUUAUAAGGCGGGGAAUCCUUAUAUGUCAAUAUGUUUACAGGUAAGGUAUCUAAAGAGCUAGUGCCACUUCAAGAGACCAAGGGAGGUAUUCUGGCCGAUGAGAUGGGUUUAGGGAAAACUCUAAUGGCUCUGGCCUUAAUUCUGGAAACCCUUAAUCGUGAACAUUAGACAUUGAUUGUAGUUCCUAAAUCAGUGAUAAAACAAUGGGAGAAGGAAAUAGUUAAGCAUUCAAAACCGGAGAGUUUAAAGGUCUUAGUUUAUUACUCUAAGAAAUCCAGAAAGAACAAAACGAUAGAUUUUAAAAACUAUGAUAUAAUAUUAACUACCUAUGCUGUAUUGAGCAUAGACUUUUAAAUUUGGAAUUAAAUAAAUAAUGUUAACAUUGAAUAGGAUGGUAAUGUAGCACAGAAUGAUAGUUUAGUUGAAAGGGGAUAAUCUUUAGAGGAGGUCAGCGACUUAUCUAAUACUAUGGAUAUUUAUAAUAGUAGUUCAGAUGAUGAUGAUAAUUACUAGAGCUAGUCCUAUUACAAUCCUUUCUACGAGUAUUGUCAGGAGAAGAGAAAGCAGGAGAGAUAAUUUAAAUAAUAAUUGAGACAGAGAGUGAAGAAGGAAAAGUAAGAGAAAUAAAAGAAGAAAAGGUAAUUGAAUCCGGAACAAUUGGAGAUAGCCAAGGAGCAUAACAAUUUAUUUAAAUAGAAAUUUCAUAGGGUCAUUUUAGAUGAAGCUCAUAAUAUCAAAAUUAGAUAAACAUUGUAAUCGAAGAGUGCCAUUGCUUUGGAUGCUGAUUUCAGAUGGUGUUUAACUGGAACUCCGAUGCAAAAUAAACAUGAUGAUCUAUUUAGUUUGCUGUAAUUUCUGAAAGUUGAAACAUUUUCUGAAUAUUUUUGGUGGAAUACCUACAUUAACAAGGAAGAAAAUGAAGAUGAUUAAUAGAGAAUAUUAUCUUAGAUUUUGUAACCUAUUAUAUUGAGGAGGACUAAGAACUCUUAAAGAAUGGAUGGUCUCAAUUAAGUGGAGGAAGAAAUCUGUUGGGUUGAAUUUAAUGAGAAAGAAAAAAUACUGUAUUAGAAACUAUUAGCUGGUUCUCAAGAUAUCUUUAAGCAUUUCACAAUUGGUAAAAAUAAUAAAACUUACUUGCAUAUAUUCUAAAUCAUCAAUAAAUUAAAGUUAGCAUGCAACCAUCCAUAAUUAGCACUGAAGGAAAUUAAUUUGGAUAAAACACCUAUGGAAGAAGUGAUAGACAGAAUUAAUUCUUUCUUCAAUAACAAAUAACAACAUGCCAAUAUGACAGAAGUAUAUAAGAAAUCAUUAGUGGAAAAUAUAAGAAAUGGAGAUUUAUAGGAAUGUGAAAUUUGUACCAAUACUUAAGUCGAUACUUUUUGUUUGUCUUCUUGUGGCCAUAUCUUUUGUAGAAAGUGUUUCACAUAAGCCAUAAAUUAACAGCAAUUGUGUCCUGUAUGUAGAGCGACCUUAUCGAUCACAGAUUUAAUUGAAAUCAAAGUUGAAAAUGAAAAUGAAUUUGAAGACUUGAAAACUUUGAAGUUUGGUCUAAGUUCCAAGUUAGAAGCCAUUUUGAAUAAAACUAAAAUUGUCUAGCAAUAAAAGGAGAAAGUCUUGAUCUUCACUCAAUCAGUUGAUAUGAUACAAUUGAUUGAUAAUUUGUUUUAGGAAAACGGCAUCGUUGCUUUUAGAAUUACUGGAUAGAUGAGUGUUGAAAAGAGAGAGAAGGUGAUUAAAUAAUUCAAAGAAUCUUAAGAUGCAAUUGCACUCUUACUCUCAUUACGAGCUACAUCCACAGGAUUGAAUCUCACUAUGGCAAACAACGUAUUUUUAGUUGACCCUUGGUGGAAUCCUGCUAUCGAAGAUCAAGCCAUCGGAAGAGCUGACAGGAUUGGAUAGCAAAAUCAAGUUAAAGUUGUAAGAUUCUUAUGUAGAAAUACUAUUGAAUAAUCGAUAAAUUUGUUGCAUUAGAAAAAGAAGUUCUAAAUUAAAAGAACCUUUAGUGGUGAAGCUAAAAAAGCAUAAGAGUUGGAGGACUUCAAAUUUGUAUUGUUUCAGUAAUGA